GGGAGCAAGAUCUUCAUAUCACGCAGGAUUUUGAAGGCCUCCCUGUUCACCACUUCUCUUCCCUAAUUGUGCGUAUGAUGCCUUGUCAUCAUUCUCUUCUGGUUUUGCUCGCCGUCGUUUGCGUGGCCUCGCCACGGUGUUCAACCCCAAUCUCCCAGCAUACUUCCUCUAUACAGUCAUUUGCUAUUUGCACAAAAAGCAUGACGAUGCAAGCAUCUCUAGAGGUGUUAUCGCAUGGUUACAUCAAAUGUCAAGUCAUACGGAAGAGUGGUUCUCUGCCCGGCAUGACAUUCCGUGUUGCUGCCGUCGAGAUUCGAGAUGCCUAGUCAGGUAUAAAGACCUUUGGCGAAGCCACUUCUCUUGGGUGUCUCUGGUUUCAUCUUCCCGUUAUAAUUAACGCAACUCCCCUGGACGUGCACAUGCCCUUUUCACCAUGAGCAUCAUGAAGAUCGCCACACUCUGUUUUGCAGCACUUUCGGCUGUUGAGGCCGCAAAGCUGCUAACCCCCUCUGACAAGAGGGAUAUCGUUCCUGAUUCCUAUAUUGUUGUGAUGAAGGACAAUGUUUCGCCGCUCAAGUUUGACUCUCACAUGAGCUGGGCUACCAACGUUCACCAUGCGAACCUUGCUAGACAAGGAUCGACCGCCACUGGUGGCCUGAAACACGUUUACAGAAUUGAUGGUUGGCAAGGGUACAGCGGAUCAUUUGCCCGAGAGACCAUUGAUAGAAUCCUCGAAAAUGACGAUGUUGACUACGUUGAGCCUGACCGCCGCGUUCAUUUGACUGGUCUAAUAACCCAGCCAAAUGCACCAUCUUGGGGUCUCGGGAGAAUUUCACACCGUAACAACGGAAAUUCGAGUUUCAUUUAUGAUGACAGGGCUGGCGAAGGUAUCACCUUUUAUGGCGUGGACACGGGAAUCGAUAUCAACCAUCCUGACUUUGGAGGCCGCGCUGUUUGGGGUACCAACACCGCAGGUGGAUCGGACAGUGAUGGUCAUGGCCACGGAACCCACACGGCAGGGACUGUCGCAGGAGCUUCAUACGGUAUUGCCAAAAAGGCCAAGAUAGUCGCUGUAAAAGUCUUAAGUGAUGGAGGUACUGGCCAAUGGAGCGGCAUCAUCGAAGGUAUUAACUGGAGCGUUAAUCAUGCGCGCGCGAACAACGCUCUUGGAAAAGCUGUCAUGAACAUGUCCCUUGGUGGGGGACUUUCCACCUCUGUGAACCAAGCUACCACUAGGGCCCAACGCGCCGGUAUUUUCAUUGCGGUUGCCGCUGGAAAUGAAGAUAGCGAUGCGGCAAACACUUCACCGGCCUCUGCUGAGGAUGUCUGCACUGUUGCUGCCUCAACUGAACAAGACGGCAGGGCGUCUUUCUCCAACUGGGGAAGUAUGGUCGAAAUUUAUGCCCCGGGCACAAAUAUUGUCUCUACGACUCCGGGAGGAAAUACCGGGAAAAUGUCCGGAACCUCCAUGGCCGCUCCCCAUGUUGCUGGUGUUGGCGCAGCUAUUAUGGCCACCGAAGGCAUUUCCCCCUCCGAAGUUUGCUCCCGCCUCGUAGAGAUUGGACUAGAACAGAUCAGCAACCCUGGGAGUGGCACAACAAACAAGCUCCUUUAUAAUAACAGCGGUCGUUAG